AUGGCAACUGUGGCAAAGAUAGAGGAGAAAAUCGGACUUUUGAAGAAGGAGAUCAAACAAUGGGAACACAGCUUUGCCAAUGGCAACGACGGGCGAUUGCCUGAGUUCAAGGACGUGAAGAGCAACGAGGGUAUGGCGCGGAAGUACAAGAAAUACGAGAAAUAUAAGCGGGCAUUGCGAAGCACUUUGGAGUCUGAAGCAGUGAAAGUGGUGGAAGUUGAUCAGAGUCAAUUAAAUGAUAAUGAGUUCGAUGAUAUCAAAACGAAACUUCAACAAGAAGAGGAAGAGGAGACCUUGGUGAUCACCGAAUUGGGCCCGACCCCUCAAUUGGGAGGAAGGAUCCUUGGACUAUUCGAUCUGAAACUACUGGAAAAAGAGCCACAGAUCCCCGAAACUCCAACAAAAAAGCAGGAUGCGACGUUCAAGACCCCUACCAAGAAGGCCAAGCUACUGACCUUUGGGGAUAUGACACCCUCAACUGCGAGGGUUCUCCAAGAACCGAACGGAUCUCCGUCCAAAGAAGUGAUGGACACACCAAUUUACUUGCGGAGAGAAAGCAGGCAAGUGGAGCCGAUUCACUUUGGAUCCAGCCCUACUCUCGCACCAACAUCUGACCCAACACAGCUAACACCAACCAAGUGGGCAAAGGCCCAACUGAUCUCGCCCACGAAGAUAAUCGAGCCAUCACCGGUAUUGAAGUCUCGAAACAAAUCCAUUUUUCAGAUGGGCCAUGAAAUUGAGGAACUGAAGAGGCAGCGCGAAAAUAUGCACGAGAGUGAUAUCGAGGACGAGGAUAUACGGCUCCUUAUCCAGAGUGAAAACCUUGCUCUAUCACAGGAAAAAAUUAAUGAAACUCGAGGAAACGACGAAGACACCACUAAAGAUGAAGCUGAUCAAACUACAGCAGAGCCAGAGCCGGUAUAUAGAAAAAAGGCCAGGACGCAGAAGAGAAGCACCAGAAGGGUGCGGAUCAAGACGAUGCCAAUGGAUAUGGAGGACGACUUGGCUACAGUUGACAUUCACAAGAAAUUAGGCAAAAUCGAACAAGAUGCUAAUCCAGAUACGGACGAAAGUGAAGAAGUCAGCAGCGAAGAAGACGAGAGUGAAUACGAAGAGGCGAAGAAGACUAAAUGGGCCAAGCUGGAUGCUCAGAAGCGAAACGCCUUUGUGAGCAACAAUUUCGUUCGACUGAAAAUUAAUAAGAAGAACAGGGGGAAGUUCUUUAAACGGAGAUGA